AUGAAAAAAUUUGUGUCUUUCCCCCUCUCUCCUUCCACCUCUCUCCCUCUAUCUCUACCUCCCUCUCUCUAUCUCUUUCUACUUCUUUCUCUUUAUUCUUCUCUCUCUCAUCCAAAAGGUGACUCUCUCUAUCUCUGGACCCCUCUCUCUUAUCAAUUUCUCUAUCUCUUUCUACUUCUUUCUCUUUAUUCUUCUCUCUCUUUCCACCUUUCUCUCUCUUUCCAACUCUCUUUGAUUUUCCUUUCCAUCUUUCUCCUUCCACUUCUUACUCUUUCAACCUAUCUCUCUCUCACUCUCAACCUCUCUCUUUCAACCUCUCUCUUUCGACCUGUCUCUCUCUUUCCACUUCUCACUUUCUACCUCUCCUUCUUUCCACCUCUCUCUCUUAACUUCUCUCCCUUUUCACUUCUCUCUUUUCACCUCUCUCUGUGCGUGAUUGCAUGGUGCGUACGACCGGCGCAUAAUGAUUUACGUUUUUUUCUAUCUCUCUCUCUCUUUCCACCUCUGUCUCUUUCCACCUCUUUCUCCUUCCACCUCUUUCUCUCUCUUUCCACCUCACUCUUUCCACCUCUCUCUCUCUUUCCACCUCUCUCUCUCUUUCCACCUCUCUCUCUUUCCACCUCACUCUUUCCAACUCUCUCUUUCUUUCCAUCUCUCUCUCUUUCCACCUCUCUCUCUUUUUCCACCUUGCGUGCGAGAGAUUUAAAUCUCAAUUUUUUAUCUCUAUCUAUCUAUCUAUCUAUCUAUCUAUAUAUAUAUAUAUAUAUAUAUAUAUAUAAUAUUAUCGGUCUGUGCAUUUCUAUCUAUCUAUCUAUCUAUCUAUCUAUCUAUCUAUCAAAUACAGUUCAUAUCUAUUCAUCUAUUACAUUCUUUUAA